CCUCUCAAGGGGCGAGAUUUUCUCUGGGCGUUUCCAGGGCAACGCCUUUCCCCAGAGGAUCACGGACUCAGGGUGGGAAGGUCCACCAUUGCGGCCUGAACUCAAGGCAAAAAGACGCCUCCCCUCAGAAGCCUUCCAGGCGGGAGUGAGGGCGGAUCCGGAAGUGCGUCACCCGCUACGGAAGCCCGGGUGCGGGGUUCUCGUGCGAGAGAGGCGGCGAUGUCGUGCGUCCCUCUGGAGGCGCUGCGCGGGGGCCUGGAGGCGGCGCUGUCGGGGCUGCGAGGCGGAGAGGCCGGGCGGAGCGGCGACGGAGGCCGGGAGGAGCCAGAACAGCAGCAGCAGCAGAAGGAGGAAGAAGAGGCCGCCUUCGACCCCGGAGGCUUCUGGGCGGCCCUGGGGGGCGCCUUCGAGGCAGCCUCUCGAGAGGCCUCCGCGCUCAGCCUGGCCUUCUCUCGCCCGCCAGCGCCGCCCCCUCAGGAUCAGGAGCAGCUGGCGGACAGGGCUCUCGGGGCGGUCCUGGCAGCGGCCUCCAUCUAUUACCGCCUCCCCAAGAGCCAAGGGACCACCCUGCGCAAAGCGGUGCGUGAUGCCACUGUGGAACUGGCAGAGGGCAUGAUCCAGCUCACAGAGAUCCUGCUCCGGAAGCCUGUGCAGAGCGUCUCUCGGGAGCAGCUCAUCUCUACUGGAAGCAUCUGGGAAGCCUGCGACCGGGCCUCUGCGCUCCCUCGAGAUAACCAGGCAGCGGUGGCUUUGGCCAUUUCCUCCUGCCUUGGGAUCGUGAAGGACGCUUUGGAGGAGAUGGAGCAGGCGCAGCAGGAGGGGGCGGACCCCUACGGCGAUGUCCUAGAGGACGAGGAGCUGGGCUCCCGGGGCAACCGGGACGUCUACUGGUCGGAGGCUGACCGGAGGCUGCUGGGCCCCUGCCUGGGGCUGGUGAAGGCCGCCAAGGCCUGCCUGAAGAAGGUCCUGGGGGCCGUCCGGGCACAUGGCCAAGCGGAUGCAGCCGAGCGGGUGGCACAGCUGGAUGAUCUGGCCGACAUGGCCGCCGACGUCAGCCCCAGUGUGGACGAACUGGCUUUGAGCACCUAUCCACCUGUGAACCAGCUGUCUGUGCGGCUUAACGCGGCCAAACUGGCCUCUGUGCUGAAGAAGAUGCUGGAAAUUGCCAGGUCCAGCCACGUCUGCCCCCCGUCAGAAGAGGGCUGGGUGAAGUUCCUUCUGGGCGCAGUGGAUCACAACCUGGACAGAAUCAAGAGCUUGACCCAAAGCCUUGUUUGAGGAGGAAGGGCGAGAGAAAAACCUAUCGGGUCUGGACUUUCAGAACUGGACUGCACCAAAGACCCCGCCCCCAGCUGGCCCAUGUAAUGUCUAUGGAAGGAGCAGGGGCUGCAGACCCUUGCGGAGGGCAGGGGCUUGGGUUUGUGUCUGGUGGGUGCGGGGGCACCAAGGUCAAUACAGGGCAGGCGAGGCUCCCCUGGGCCUCGAUCCUGCCCAGAAGGAACAUCCCUGUCACCUUGAUUGGGAGAACAGUGUCUUUAUUCUACUCCAGCUUGUGUACUCGGCGAUGUCCGGGUUAUUUGAAAAGGGCAUAGUUUGAUUUUGGACGUUGGGUCAUAUCAUUUUGGUCAUAUGUUAUGCUAUUAAAAAAAACUCAGUA